AUCUCACUCGAUUUGCAAAGCCGAUCAAUCGGUCGUCAGUCGCCUCCACCGUUUCCUCCUCCUCCUCCCCGAUCAUCAUUCUCACCGCCAUGGCCAAGCCGCCGCGGCCGUCCGCCUCUCCGUCGCACCUCCUCUAUCUCCUCUCCCUUCUCUCUCUUCUCAUCAUCCAUCUCUCUACCACUUGCGUCCUCGCGGACUCCCACUUCGAAGGCUUUGAGGCCGACGAUGAGGACGAGGCCCUCGACUCCGCCGACUCCCUCCAAUUCUCCAACCUCCGAUCUCCUCCCGUGAGCCAAUCCGAGUCGCCUCCCGCCACCACCAAGCUCACUCCGUCCGAGCCCGACACUGCGACCGCAGAUCCAACCCAAUCCGGGACUCCCGACCACCCCCCCACGUCGCCCGAUCUGUCGAAACCCUCAUCGACUGGGUUCGAUUACUGGGACGAAGAUGAAUUCGAAGGCCUGCCGUUCUUAGAGCAGCACCAGCAACAGCCGUCGGAACCAUCCAAAGCGGCUGAGGAUGCCGUUGGACCUCAGGAUCCGAGUCCGGACCCGAAAUCAACUCCGGCAGCAAGCCCAGCUAAGAGAUCUUACAUGGUUGAGAUUGUGUGCGGGAGUUUCUUGAUCAUGUUUGCGAUUAAUUACUUCACCGGGAAGCGCGAGAAUGAGAACAUAGCACUCGCUUGGGCAGCUAAGUUCGCAACCAAAGAAUCCAUUUUUGAGAAGAAUUUCAGCUUGCUGGGCGUUGGAGAGGGAGAGGACUCGCCUCUGCUGCUAAAAGAAGGCCAGAAUGUGUUCAAAUUCUAUGCCAGUGGGCGUAGAUAUUGCCAAGGUCUAUUGGCUACAAUGGAGUUGAAGAGCAGGCACGAUUUGAUAUCAAGAAUAUACAAUCUGAUAGUCCCGUGCAAAGAUGAGAUCAGUUUUGAGGUCUAUAUGAAUGAUGAUGCAAUGGACAAUGUGAUUUUCGCUGUUGCAAAGAAGAAAGCGGCAAAGGGGAUGCAGAAGGAGUUGAGGGAUCUGCAGAGAUUUGCAGGGCUGCUGCCACCUCCCGGCGGAAGGAAAUGGGUUGCUGAGGAGUUGUCUGUUAUCUCAGAAUCUAAGGAGGUUGCUGGAGACAUGAUUACAGAGGCUGUGCUUGAUCAGGUUUUUGGUGAGAAAGCUUUCGAGAAAUUCGGAAAGGGAUUCAUCUCAAUGCAUUUCUCUGAUCAACAUCCAGGCGGCCACAGCAAGAUGCUGCUGUUUAAAUUCACCCUACCAGAUGUCAACAACAUGGCUGAUAUGACUCGAUUGGUUUCUCUUGUUCCUUAUUACAUCGAUCUUGUCGGGCGUUACAAGAUCAGCCCUCAGGCUCGAUCCAAAACUGAAGCUGCAAGGGCGAAAGCUGCUCAAGAGGCACACAAGGAGCUUCAGAAUGCAAGGCAGGAAGCCUUGCAGAAGAGGAAGUUGGAGAGGAAGAAGAUGAUGGAGGAGGCCGAGGCAAAACUCGGUGCAGAGGCUCUCAGGAAGAAGGAAGCGAAAGAGCGCGCUCGCCAGAUGAAGAAGUCAAUGCCAAGGAUGAAGAUGACCCGUGGCCACUAGAUUUUCACCUUCAGUUAGUCGGAUCCCUCAGGGCUUUUUAACUCGGACUCGCAACUUUCUGGUGCAUUUUGCCCAUCUCAUAGGCUUUAGUUAAAUUAUUCUUGUAUGUGCCAUAGUACUAUGAGGCUCCAUUCGGUUUUCUCAAUUUUUAGUUUCAUGCCUUUCUCAUUGGUUUUGACUCUGCUGAGAACUUGGCAUAUGAUAUGAGGAAGAAGAAGUCCAUAUUUUCUUGUUUGAGGUGGACAUUGAAUAUCCUGGUCGUGUAGAUCAUCGAAUGAUUAAACAGUUAGAUUUUGUGA